UGAAAUGGGUGUGUGGAGGACUCUGCCUCCGAGCAUGCGUUUGGCUUCGCUCUUUUUCUUCAUGCAUUUUGAAAGUGUGUCAACGUUCGAGCUUACAUUGCUACACACCAACGAUGCUCACGCUCGGAUAGAGGAGAUUAGUAGAGAGUCGGGGAAAUGUAGCCCAGGUAGUCCUUGUUUUGGCGGAGUGGCCAGGAGGUUCACUACAAUAGCAGACAUCCGGAGCAAGGAACGGAAUGUGUUAUUGCUUGAUGCUGGCGAUCAGUUUCAGGGUACUGUCUGGUUCAACUACUACAAAGGGGAAGAAGCUGCGUAUUUCAUGAACAAGCUUGGAUAUGAUGCGAUGGCAUUUGGAAACCAUGAGUUUGACAAUGGAGUGGAGGGCCUGCUCCGCCCUUUUCUGCAGAAGGUGAACUUCACUGUUCUCAGUGCCAACAUCAAGGCAGAUGCAACACUCGCCCCAACUAUCAGUGGCUACUAUCAACCCUACACAACAUUCACGAUGGGCCCUGAAAUAGUGGCUGUGGUAGGUUACACCUCAGCGGAAACUCCAGUCUUAUCCUUACCAGGUCCACACUUGAUCUUUGAGGAUGAGAUCAAAGCCUUGCAGGUCCAGGUGGAUAAACUGAUCACUCUUGGUUACAAUAAGAUCAUCGCCCUUGGUCACUCUGGAUUUGAUGUGGAUAUAGACAUCGCCAAGCGAGUGAGAGGGGUGGACCUGGUCAUUGGAGGACACACCAAUACGUUCCUCUACACGGGGAGUGUCCCAUCUUCAGAGGUGCCGACGGGUCCCUAUCCCUUCAUGGUGAGGUCUGAGGACGGGAGAGAUGUCCCUGUGGUACAAGCCUUUGCCUUUGGGAAGUACCUGGGAUACCUGAAGGUGGUCUUCGAUAAAGCUGGGAACGUGGUGAAGGCGACUGGAAACCCCAUCCUGCUGGACAGCAGCGUAGCCCAGGACCCAGGUAUCCUUGCUGACGUUGAGGACUGGAAGAAGAACUUGGCCAAGUACUCGUCUCAGUACGUGGGGAAAACCCUGGUGUAUCUCAAUGGAACCUUUAAGGAGUGUCGGUUCCGAGAGUGCAACCUGGGGAACCUCAUCUGUGACGCAAUGAUUCAUCACAAUAUCAAGUAUGCAGAUGAGAUCCAGUGGAAUCACGUCAGUUUAUGCAUCCUGAAUAGUGGAGGCAUAAGGACAGGGAUAGAUGAACGUCACAACAAUGGCACCAUCACCAUGGAGGAAGUUCUAUCAGUCUUACCAUUUGGGGGCACUUUUGAUCUGGUGCAGUUGAAGGGAUCAACGUUGAAAAAGGCCUUUGAAAACUCUGUCCGAAGAUACGGGAGCAGCAGAGGAGAAUUUCUUCAAGUUUCAGGAAUCCAUGUUGAAUACGACCUGUCACGGCCGGUGGGGGAGCGUGUGACGUCCUUGAGCCUCCGCUGCUCUCAGUGCCGUGUGCCCAGAUACGAAUCCCUGGAUCCAGACAGGCUGUACAAGCUGGUCCUACCAUCCUACAUCGCAGACGGAGGAGAUGGUUUUACCAUGAUCAAGGAGGAGAAACUGAAACAUGACACUGGUAAUCUGGACAUCUCGGUUUUCUCCAACUACAUCAAGGAGAUGAAGCGGGUGUACCCAACCGUGGAGGGCCGCAUCAAGUUCAUUAACUCAGCCGUGGCGGCUGGGGCCAACUGUCUGACUUUGUUACUGCUAGGCCUGCUGUGGGCCCUGUCCACAAGCCUAUGAGAGACGCUUUCCAGAAGAUCACAAUAUUGCAGCUUUCUGUGGUGAUGUGUCAUAUUUCUCUAAAACGGCUGCUGUUUAUGAGAAAGAGAAGUAUACUAUAUCAAGAAAUAAUGUAUUUAUAUUUGCAUUACUAUAUAUUUUACUAUAUGCAGGUAAGUGGCACGAAAAGUGCCAAUUACUUUGUUAUGUCACUUUUAUAGAGCCAUGUAUAUUAGUAUUUUAUUGUUGUUGCAAUCUAGUCAUAUUGAUUGACAUGUUUGUGAAAGUUCAUGAAAGUGAAAUAUUUCUGGUUAAAACCUUUUGAUACGCUCAGAACAUUCAAAGAUUUAGUAGAUAAAGAACUGGUACAUGUCAAAUGUGUCUUUUGCAUGCAUACAUCACAGUGCCUUCAGAAAGCAUUCACACCCCUUGACUUUUUCCACAUUUUGUUGCGUUACAGCCUGA